GACUGACAACAGGCCCGUUGCCCCGAGUAGAAGCCCUUGGCCUUCUUCCAAGUAGAAGUGGCCUGGUCUGAGAUUGGAGUGAGACCCCAGCCCUAGGCUGGGGUUCUUUCCACAUAGAGGAGACGGAUUCAGAAGGGCUACAGACCAAGACCAUUGAAAACCAGACAUAUGAUGAGCGUCUAGAGAUUAACGACCCUGAAGAGGUUGCGAGUAUUUAUGGUCCAACCACAAGACACAAAGGACUUCGUCGUUCCGCUCAUCUUCCUAACAAGACUAUGGCUGACAACAGCAGUGAUGAGUACGAAGAGGAAAAUAACAAGUGCCUAUGAUCCUGCAGAUUAUGAGCAUUUGCCAGUUUCUGCUGAGAUUAAGGAACUCUUCCAGUACAUCAGUAGGUAUACACCUCAGUUGAUUGACCUGGACCACAAACUGAAACCUUUCAUUCCUGAUUUUAUCCCAGCUGUCGGGGAUAUUGAUGCAUUCUUAAAGGUUCCACGUCCUGAUGGAAAGCCUGACAGCCUUGGCCUACUGGUAUUGGAUGAGCCUUCUACAAAGCAGUCGGACCCUACAGUGCUCUCACUUUGGUUAACAGAGAAUUCCAAACAGCACAACGUCACACAACAUAUGAAAGUAAAGAGCCUGGAAGAUGCAGAAAAGAACCCCAAAGCCAUUGACACAUGGAUUGAGAGCAUCUCUGAAUUACACCGUUCCAAGCCCCCUGCGACUGUGCACUACACCAGGCCUAUGCCUGAUAUUGACAUGCUGAUGCAGGAAUGGUCUCCAGAGUUUGAAGAGCUUUUGGGAAAGGUGAGCCUGCCCACAGCAGAGAUUGACUGCAGCCUGGCAGAGUACAUAGACAUGAUCUGUGCCAUCCUAGACAUCCCCAUCUACAAGAGUCGGAUUCAGUCCCUCCAUCUGCUCUUUUCCCUCUACUCGGAAUUCAAGAACUCACAGCAUUUUAAAGCUCUAGCUGAAGGCAAGAAAGCAUUCACCCCUCCGUCCAACUCCACCUCCCAAGCAGGAGAUGCAGAGACAUUAACCUUCAGCUGAGACACCUCCCAUGUCACUCUGUUUCAAGGCUGAGCUGGCUUCUCUGCCCCAUCUGAGAAGGAGGGGUCACUGUCAGCCACUUGGCGGCCUUGCCUGCCUCACAGCUUGAUUCGGAGACAGCGCACGUCUUACUGCCCUCUCUGCCAGAAAGCACUGCCCAUGGUCAUUAAAUGGCUAAUGCCUGUGUCAGAGUUCCUUCCCAUGGAAAUUAAUUAUGCAUCUACACCACUGUGGGGAUGUGAGUUAGAAGCACUGGAAUUCCUGGGAUCCCAGGAUGCUCAGGUUGGGAGGAAGGCUUAAAAUACGUUCUUUUGAGAUAGCAAUAGAAUUAUUUUCUUUCAUUCUUAAAGUUAGUUGGCAAAGAUUUUACAAAUAAAAUGCUCUUAUCUUUCUGGUUA